AUGAUGAUGAUGAUGAUGAUGAUGAUGAUGAUGAUGAUGAUGAUGAUGAUGAUGAUGAUGAUGAUGAUGAUGAUGAUGAUGAUGAUGAUGAUGAUGAUGAUGAUGAUGAUGAUGAUGAUGAUGAUGAUGAUGAUGAUGAUGAUGAUGAUGAUGAUGAUGAUGAUGAUGAUGAUGAUGAUGAUGAUGAUGAUGAUGAUGAUGAUGAUGAUGAUGAUGAUGAUGAUGAUGAUGAUGAUGAUGAUGAUGAUGAUGAUGAUGAUGAUGAUGAUGAUGAUGAUGAUGAUGAUGAUGAUGAUGAUGAUGAUGAUGAUGAUGAUGAUGAUGAUGAUGAUGAUGAUGAUGAUGAUGAUGAUGAUGAUGAUGAUGAUGAUGAUGAUGAUGAUGAUGAUGAUGAUGAUGAUGAUGAUGAUGAUGAUGACAGAAGAAUUAUCACGCAGAAUCUGA